ACCGCCACGCACUUGAAAUUCAUUCAAGCAUCAGCCACUGACGGCUGCUGAUGCGUAAGGCGUGUUUACUUUCCUUCAUAUAGCUUCCCUGAUCGACCACGAACAACACACAAUCGAAGUGAAAUUUUUGUCUUUUACCACGUUAAAAUGGCAUUGUCGUGACAAAUUUGCACAUCUCCCGGACGGUUUCAGCAAAAGGAAGCGAAAGGCGUUGGUGGGUUGACCAGAUAACGUUUCCUGUUUUCACUAAUCAAAAACAACAACGACACAACGAUGUGGCCAACGAGACGCCUACUGAAGUACGGUUUCGUGGGAGGUUCCCUGGUGGGAACCGCCCUCAGCCUGCAUGCAAACGACUACGAUGUGAACUCGAUCGGUAUCGUUCGGCUAGGUCGAGCGGGUGCGACCGUGUUCGACAUCGCAACCACCUACAAGACGAAUCUCUACAAGCAGGAGUGGCCCGACAAAAAGGACCCAGCCUACCUUAAACUGAAAAGCGAAACGCAUAAAAUUGCGGCGGAGAAACUGCUGGAGUUGUGUCGUACAAACAGGGGUGUCUACAUCAAGGUCGGCCAACAUAUCGGCGCCCUGGAAUACCUCCUGCCUUACGAAUACGUCCAAACGAUGAAGAUCCUACACAGCAACGCGCCUCAGAAUCCCAUCGAAGAUCUGUACAAAGUAAUCCGACAAGAUUUGAAAGUGAAUCCGGAGGAGAUUUUCUCAUCGUUUGACCCAGAACCACUCGGCACAGCUUCGCUCGCCCAGGUGCACCGUGCAACUUUGAAAGAUGGAACUGAAGUAGCCGUAAAAGUGCAGCAUCCUUACGUACGGGGGAACUCUAUCGUAGACAUCAAGACCAUGGAAGUGCUAGUCAAAUUAGUAUCGUGGGCAUUCCCUGAUUUCAAGUUCCAAUGGCUGGUGGAUGAAACCAAACGAAACCUCCCCGUUGAGAUGGACUUUGAACACGAAGGUCACAAUGCAGAAAAAGUGGCCGAAAUGUUCAAGGAUUACAAGUGGCUUAAGAUUCCGAAAAUCUAUUGGCAAUACACGACCCCCCGAGUGUUGAUGAUGGAGUUUCUGAAGGGAGGUCAGGUCAAUGACGUCGAAUACAUCGACAAGGAGAAGAUCGACAGGUACGACAUUGCUAACAAAAUCGGACAACUGUACUCGAAUAUGAUCUUUCUGAAGGGAUUCGUCCAUAGCGAUCCCCAUCCGGGUAACAUUUUGGUCAGGAAGUCGGACAAAGGCGGCACCGAGGUGAUACUUCUCGAUCAUGGCCUGUACGCAAAUCUGACGGAAAAGUUCCGCUACGAAUACUCGAAGCUGUGGCUCAGCAUAUUGAAGGUAGAUCAGAUGGGCAUGAAGAAACACGCACAAGCCCUUGGUGUUCAGGGAAGCAUGUGGGGUCUGUUUGCAUGUAUGGUUACCGGCCGGCCGUGGAACUCGGUAAUUAGCGGUAUUGAUCGGGUGAAACAGGAUGAUGCAGAGAAAGAACUUAUCCAAAAAGAAGGCAAGCUGGUAAUCCCACACAUUUCGGACGUGUUGGAAAAGGUUGACCGACAGAUGUUGCUGGUGUUGAAAACGAACGACCUCAUUCGGGGCAUCGAAACCACCCUCAAGACCCAGAACCGGAUGACCGCCUUCUGGGUGAUGAGCAAGUGCUGCAUCAAGAGCGUCGGCAGCCGGGAGUAUCUGGAUGCGCCGGAUCCGUGGAAAAAGUUGUCGACAUGUCUGCGCGAAAAUUGGGCCAUCUUCAAGCUUAACGUGUAUUACCUUUACCGAGGGCUGGUCACGUUACAUUUCUUCUCGUCGUUGAAGAUGAUUUUCUAGUUGAAGCUAGGUAGAAAAUUAUAGGACGAAAAUGACAACUAGAAACUAGAAUGUGGGCAUUCAAGGUGUCGGGUAUAAGCUUAGGAAAAUCAAACAGUUUUGAGGUUGUUGAGCUACUGCCUCCGAUAAUGUUAGUUUAGCAACGAUCAGAAUAUUACCAGCCAGAUUUCCAAACAAAUGAUGUACAGUUUUAUAAAGAAUGUUGAAAAUUAUUGUUUCCACAGCUUGUUAGAUCAUGUUUAAAGUUUAUGUGAAAUGUGAAUUUACUAUGCUUUGAAUACUUACUCAAAAGAAAAA